AUGGAAGGUGAUGAACGCAGGCAAGGUCCAAGUCAUAUUGAUCGGUCUUUGAAAAGAAGUGCAAGUGAGAGUGGUUUAAGCUCUUCUGGCCGACAGCGUGAAGAAUCCACAUCUAAUACUUCUUCAAACAGUACUGCCACACCUGGGGUUGGCAUGGGAGAACUAUCUUCUAUGCUGGCAGGUCCAAGCUCAGCUGCAGGAACUGGAGAAAUCCUAGAGAGAAUUCUUCGGCGGAGACCUAAUCCUCCCAACCAACAGGAUUUGGUACCUACUGCCCCUGAGCAGAGGAGGCAGCAUUCAGGAGGAUCAAACACUGAGCAAGCCGGACAGCAAAAUAAUAGCUUCUGGCAAUCUCGUAGUUCUCUUUGGCAACGAGAUCCAACCCAAAAUCCAGGUCAGGUUGUCAUAAUCCUUGACGCAGCCUUGGCACAAGGUGGUGGUAUUCCACAAGUAAAUGAUCCUCGUAUCAGAAGCAGAUUAAGAUCGGAGAUUGCAGUUCCAUUCUCUGACAAUCUAAUUGUUCAUUCUUUGGUUCAUAAUGCAAUGGGACUCCAAGGCCGUGGUGGUACCAUACAGUAUCGGAGUCAUACUAGGUUUCCAGGCUACUGGAGGUUAUUAGACGUGAUUUACCUGCCUGAUGAAAAUGAAGAUGAGGAUGAUGAGAAUGAUGACAUGCGUCUUGACAUUGAUAACAUGUCGUAUGAGGAACUGCUUGCUCUCCAAGAGCACAUUGGAAAUGUCAGCACAGGGUUGAGCAAGGAAGUGAUUAUGGCAAGGCUGAAGCAAAGGAAGUAUAUUUGCUUAGCAACAGGCCCUUGUGUUGGUGAGGAAACUUGCUGCAUAUGUCAGGAAGAGUAUGCAGAUGAUGAUGACAUCGGAAAGCUAGAUUGUGAGCACGAGUAUCAUGUUGCCUGCAUCAGGGAAUGGCUGGUACAGAAGAACUCGUGCCCCAUUUGCAAGAAGACUGCCUUGGCUACCUGA